AAAAUUACAGGUGUCAAAUCUGCGGGGCUACAACAAUCUAAACCCUCAACCAUCAACCCUCAAAGUAAUUCUAUCAUAAUCAAAUCAAUAAAAAUGCAUCUCAAAAGCAUUCAGCAGCUUGAGCUGCCUGCUACGGCAGACAUGCAUGUCCAUUUACGACAGGGUGAAUUGAUGGAGUUAAUGGUCCCUACCGUGCGUCAAGGCGGGGUUGACACAGCCUUUGUCAUGCCUAAUCUUGUACCUCCUCUUACCAAUGUAGAUCAGGUACUUGAUUACCAAUCUAAACUACGUACAAUUGCCAAGGAUGUCAACUUUUUGAUGUCACUCUUUCUUCACCCAUCUAUCACCCCAGAUGUUAUUGCGCAGGCUGCAGCGGCCGGGAUCACUGGCGUGAAGAUGUAUCCUCAAGGAGUGACGACCAACUCCGAAUCUGGCGUCUCCAACCUUGAGUCCUUCUAUGAUACUUUUGCAGCUAUGGAGAAACACGGGCUAGUACUAAAUCUGCACGGGGAAGUCCUCGAAUCUCUCGCGCCGAAGGACGUAACGUUAGAAGAGGCCUUUCUUCCAACCCUCAAGACGCUCCACGAGCGAUUCCCGCAGCUACGCAUCAUGCUCGAGCACUGCACGACCGCAGCAGCCGUAGAGGCCGUGAGAGCUUGUGGACCCACUGUCGGUGCAACGAUCACUGCUCACCAUCUGUAUCUUACAUCCCAUGAUGCAUGCUGCGAUCCCUUUGCCUUCUGCAAACCGAUCCCCAAGAAGCCAACCGAUAGAGAUGCUCUAGUUAGGACCAUAGUCAGCGGCGACCCAAAAUUCUUCUUCGGAAGCGACAGCGCUCCUCAUCCUCUCCAGUCCAAGACUUCGGCUGAGGAGGGCAAGGCGCCGGCGGGAGUGUACACACAGCCAUUUGUGACACAACUCGUCAUAGUAGCCCUCGAAGAGGCAAUCGAGCGAGGAACAAUUAAGGAAGAGGAUGUGACACAGGCAAAGCUGGAGGGAUUUCUUAGUAAGUUUGGAAGACAGUUCUAUCGACUACCUGAGGCCUCCAAUAAGGUCGUGUUAGAGAGGAAAGGGGAGAAGAUACCCACGAGUAUUCGCAGCGAGGAUGGGAGUAUCGAAGUCGGUAUAUCUAAAGUCGGAACGGAUGUCUUUAGCUUAAGAUGGGUGUAGUGACAGUAUUUAGAAUAUGAUGUUGUCGGUGAUAGAAUAAAAAACCAAAGAAAACGAUUUUACUCAAGC